AUGCCAUUUGAUUUCCUGUGUUGUGUUAGACCUGGUGUCGAAGAUAUUGUGGAGUUAGAUUAUUCGCAUCAUUCACUAACGGAUGUGCCGUCGGAAGUGUUCGUGUACGAAAGAACUCUAGAAACUCUGCUUUGCCAAUGUAACCGUAUUACUGAGCUGCCCCGACAGCUUUUCAUGUGCCAUGGCUUGAAAUACUUAGAUCUUAGUGACAAUGAGCUUCAAGCAAUCCCCACAGCCAUAUCGUCGUUGGUAAACUUGCAGCAUCUGAAUAUCAGUAGGAAUACUUUAGCAUCCAUACCAGACAACAUGAAAUCUUUAAAAAAUUUGGUAUUCUUAGAUCUUAGUGUCAAUCCCUUAGAAAAGCUGCCCGACACAUUAACAAAUCUUGUAGCUUUACAGGACUUGUUUUUAAAUGAUACCUAUCUUGAAUAUCUUCCCGGAAACUUUGGUCGUCUAGCAAAUUUACGUAUUCUUGAACUAAGAGACAAUUAUCUAAUGAUACUACCAAAAUCACUUUCUCGAUCCACUGACCUUCUGAGACUGGAUAUUGGACAAAAUGAAUUUCAACAGUUCCCUGAAGUAAUAGGAAGAUUUUUGAAGCUGAAAGAAUUGUGGAUUGAUAGCAACAGUUUUACAAGUAUAACAUCUGUAAUAAAACCUUUAGAGAACCUAGUACAUUUAGAAGCAAGUAACAACAUGAUAGAGGAACUGGCUCCAGAAAUAGGGUACUGUACAAGUUUAGAAGACCUGACCCUGUCUAUCAACAGUUUGACAGAACUUCCUGAUAGUAUUGGACAGCUGAAUAAUUUAACAGCUUUAAAAUUGGAUAACAACAGGCUUUACUCAAUACCAGAAAGUGUAGGUCAAUUAAAAAACCUAGAAGAACUGAUGUUAAUGUGCAAUUACAUAGAGGUGUUACCCUCUUCCAUUGGUUUAUUAAGGAAAUUAAAAUAUCUUAAUGUUGAUGAAAAUAUGCUAAGGGCAGUGCCACCAGAAAUUGGUAGUUGUACCAAAUUGUCAGUAUUAUCACUUCGUGCAAAUAAACUGACAAAAAUUCCUCCAGAAAUUGGCCAUUUGACUUCUUUAAGAGUUUUAAAUUUGGUGAGGAACUCAUUAAGUUAUCUUCCUCAAUCCUUAUUAAAUUGUGAUAAUUUAGUAGCCCUAUGGCUAUCAGAAAAUCAAAGCAAACCUUUAGUGCCUAUGCAUUCUGAAGUAGAUCCUAAUACUUAUGAGCAAGUUCUUACUUGUUUUCUAUUUCCUCAAGUGCCUUUAACUCCCAUUGAGAUUAAAUCUGAUAAUACAAAAGCAGAUAACACAGAGGCACAAAGUGCACCCCGCCAUAUUAGUUUUGUAGACAUGAAACCUGUUGUUAAAGCUGCAGAGAAACCUGGACAAUUACGUAGAGCUCCAACACCAUAUCCAAAGGAAUUAAGGGCAAUGGCAAAACAUGCCAGAAAUAUACACAAAGACGGCGCACAGGAUGUUUCACCACCUAUGCACAAUGCUCUGCACAUUAAAGCAGCUAAGAUCACACCAACCCUACAACAAAGAUUUGCAUCUGAUAAUAAACUCGAGGUUAUAAAUGCUGAAGAACAUAAUCAAGAUAAUGUACAAAAAGAUGCUAUGAAGACAUCUACUUAUGAUAAUUUACCACCAGAAAAUUCAUAUGACAAACCAUUAGAUCUUGCAUAUGAACAAGAAAAAACGUAUAAAAGUGUAGAUCAUGCUCUCUAUGUUGAUAAUAAUAGUGAAUCUAAUGAUUAUAAAGGUGAUAAUAUAGAAACUUGUGGAUUAGUACCAGCUCAUUAUAAUUUAAAACAAAAUGAAAGAUAUUCACCACACCAAGAUCCAGUAAGAUCAUGUUCAUCAAUGCCAAUUAACAAUUUUAGAGGUCAUCCAAUAGAAAAAAAAAAUUACAUAAUGCCUAAUGAUCAUAGUUACCGCAAUUGUUCUGAUGACACUUGCAAUCAGCUACGUAGACUAAGUGUUACUUCUCAAGAAAGACAUUCAAAUGAUGAAACUAUAUUGUCACCUCAAUUUAGUGAAAAUUCCUAUAGUAUGAGGUGUAGAGCUGAUAAAUUACCACCCUUUGAGCCUGCAUAUUCUAGAAAGGAAAUGGGAUGUCAUACAGAAGGAACUUAUCAUGGAAAAGCAUACUGUGCAGAAACUUAUGCAUGUGGAUCUGAAAAGAUUUAUGGACAGAGAAAAUUUGAUGUAUUUAACUAUCAUCCCCAUAGUGGUAGAGACUUGUCUAGUCCAAAAGUUCACACAGUUAGCCAAAUAGUUAGUUCAACAACAAUGCCUAAUUUGUGUCAUUAUAAUAAUAUGUAUACUGCUCCUAAUGUUGAUACCAAUCACUAUCCAUCUACAAUUCACCAAACAUCACCUAAUUGUAAUAUGUAUGACAUAUCUGCAUCAAGCCCUACUUAUGUUCCCUCACAGUCUCCAGAAUUGUAUUCUCCAACUGGUCACACUAAUGCGACAAAUCCUUAUCGUAUGACUAACACUCCUCUUAUAUCAGACGACGGUAGCUUUACUCACGUACAGUCACUUGCUAGUCAGAACAUGUAUGAUUUAUAUGAGGCCAUACCUGCUUCCUCCAAUCCUCCAAGUGUUGUAAGUCACAGACAUAGCCCAAGUGGAAUGUCAGAGACAACAUACAUGAGGGCUCAACCUCCACCUUAUCACAUUGCAGCCCCUUAUACUAAACAUGCUCAAUAUUUUAAUGGUACUGGAGGAUAGUGGUUCAUGUUAGAUGACAACAUAAGUUUUUUGUGAAAAAUUUAAUGUUAUGAACUUUUCUAUGAACAUACAAUCUGACUUUAAUACAUGUUAUUUGUCAUGUUGGUAACUGUUUUCUGGAUGUGCAAUUUAAAUGUGAUAUAAUGUUGAAGUUUAAGAUAAUUUUAAGGUGCUAAAAAUGGAUCAUGUUGGGAAGUUAUCCAAUUGGAUGUUUAAAGAGGUUUAUGUUCAACUGAAAAAAUAAUAAAAUAAAAUGCAAUAGCAAAAUAUGUAGGUACUGUUAAGUACGAUGUGUAACAACUAUGUUGUUUCAUA